UAAUCCGUAAGUGCCGACGCCACGCGCGUAUAAUCCAAAUGCUUGCAGGUACUCGCCGCGGAACCUCACAGGGUAUGCUGUUGACCCUCUACAAGGGAUUGAUUCUUUCUCGCGCACUGUACGCACUGCCGCUACUAACACUCACAGAGAACCAGUGGGAACUGCUCGAACGGAUGCAACGCACUGCACUUCGCGUCUGCCUCGGAGUCCCCCGCACGGCCUCCUCGCGCCACACACUGAACGAUGCAGGCGUCACCACGGUAAGACUCGCAGCGGCCGAACGAGCGAUGCGGCACCUCAUCCGGAUCGGUGAGUCGAGGGGCACAACCGGGCUGCCCGAGCGUAUUUUACAACGCACACGGUCCCAACUCGCCGCGCACGCGAGGGAACUUUUUCGGAUCGCGGGCGGCCCGGGGAACAACCCUACACCACCACCACCGAGCGAGGAGCCCCCGCUGCGAGUCGAACUGAACGCAGGUCUCGAUGCACCAAAGAGGCACAUGGCUGAGACGACGGCGAGGCAGCACGCGGAGCAUCAUAUCCACGAGCACUUCCUGGGCUGGGCGAAGACGUUCACGGACGGGUCUGUAAAUCCGGCGAGCCACUCGGCCAGCGCCGCGGCCGUGUCGGAGGACACCGGCCGCACGGCCGCCGAGAGGCUCUCUUUCCAGGCGACCUCCACGACAGCUGAGCUGGCGGCGCUGAUCCUGGCACUGUCCAUCGUGGACACCGAGGGGCAGCCAGACCGCCUGGUGAUACUCUGUGACUCCAAGGCUGCUCUCGGACUCCUGAAGAACCUGGACAGGGCCCCAGCACUGGCCAAGGUGGUGGCCCAAAAAGCCAUCGAGCUGCAGCGCCGGGGAUGGACGCUGGCCUUCCAAUGGGUUCCUGCACACUGUGGAAUAGCAGGUAAUGAAAGAGCAGAUCGCCUUGCCGCCGAAGCGCAGGAGGAUCCUGCAUACCCGAUCUCCGAGGUCCCGGCCUUCUCCGAUGCACGCCUGUUGGUCAGAAGAGUGGUGGCAGCCCGCCACCCCGAGCUCGAGCACGGGCCCCUGCCCCCGAGGCCCCCGAGGAACAUGCGGCGAGGCGAAGCGGCGGUGAUCCACAGGCUGCGCACGAGCAGCGCCUUCACCCCCGACUACAGAGCGAGGUGGCGAGACGACGGCGACCGAAGCUGCCCGAGAUGCGCGGCGGCCGUCGCGGACGCCGAUCAUCUCCUCCGCGAGUGCCCGGACUUCGGCGAGGAACGUGAGCGAUUGUUUCGUCGCUACAUCACUCUUGGAUGUAGCACGAACAGCUUUGAAACUCUAAUCAGACCGCAAGGUAAGGCGGCGCAAAGUGCCCUAACAGCGCUCGCAGGAUUCCUCGUCGAGACGGGGCUGGCCGGCGAGAUCUAGGCUGCAACGGUCGCGCAAGAGACAAAGGAGCUGUAGCAGACGACAGCCGCAGAGCUUCGGGGAAAGCUCACCCCACUAGGAAGGCCUGGCCUGGCGCUGCUGCCCGCCCGCCGAAAACGCUCCUCCUUUCCCUCCUUCGGGGAAACUCGGUU